UGGAACACGUGUAGACUACAUUUCCAUUGUUUGUGGUACAGAAAGCGCAUUUAAAGGCCCGUCGCUUUACAGUCAUAUUUCUUCAGACGACAAAAAACCCUGACUGCUUUUUUGGAUACGUCGAAAAAGUGGAGUUUCAAGGUCUGUAGAACACUACUAAGAUGGCCUCUGCAAAAGUCAACUCUCCACUCCAGAUGAUGAGGAACAUCAAAGAAGAGACGGAGGAGUUCAGAUUAGCUGAUUUUCCAGAACAACUGAACAUAAAAGAAGAGAGAGAAGAGUUCCCUGGUUCUUCCUCCCAGCUGAACAUGAAAGAAGAGAGAGAAGAGUUCCCUGGUUCUUCAGAACAGCUGAACAUAAAAGAAGAGACAGAGCAGUUCCCCGGUUCUUCCUCCCAGCUGAACGUAAAAGAAGAGACAGAGGAGUUCCCCGGUUUUUCAUCCCAGCUGAACGUAAAAGAAGAGAGAGAAGAGUUCUCUGGUUCUCCAGAACAGCUGAAUGUAAAAGAAGAAACAGAGCAGUUCCCCGGUUCUCCACCUCAGCUCAGGAGUGUAAAAGAGGACAGCGAGGAGACCCUGCGUUCUCUUUACAGUCUGAGGAGCGUAUCUGUAGUGCAGGUGGAUUGCUGUAGACCACAAGGACGGCAGGAGAACAAUGAAGAGAACCACAGAGAUGUCGAGCCAAGCAAGAGAUCUGGGCAUCUGCUACUCUGCAGUUCCAGCGGAGCGGAGUUUAGUGGAAAAACACAUUCUGCUGCCUUCACUACAGAGAGGCCGUACCCUUGCAGCCAGUGUGACAAGAGCUUUAGGACAAAACAAAAUCUCCAAAACCACCACAGUGUUCACACGGGGGAGAAACCAUUUUCAAGCUUAGACUGUGAAAAGACUUUCUCAAUGGCUACUACCCUCCAGCUGCAUCGCCGCAUUCACACAGGAGAGAAGCCGUACGCUUGCAGUCAGUGUAACAAGAGCUUUAAGAGAAAAGAUGAGCUCCAAAUGCACCAGCGUGUUCACACAGGGGAGAAACCAUUUUCAUGCAAAGACUGUGGAAAGAGUUUCUCACAGUCUUCUCACCUCCACACACAUCGUCGCAUUCACACUGGAGUGAGACCGUACGCUUGCAGUCAGUGUGACAAGAGCUUUAAGUCAAAAGCAGAGCUCCAAAUGCACCACCGUGUUCACACAGGGGAGAAACCAUUUUCAUGCACUGACUGUGGAAAGAGUUUCUUCUGGUCUUCUCACCUCAACACACAUCGCCUUAUUCACACUGGAGAAAAGCCAUAUGUUUGCAGCCAGUGUGACAAGAGCUUUAAGACAAAAAGAGAGCUCCAAAUCCACCAGUCUGUUCACACAGGGGAGAAACCAUUUUUAUGCACCGACUGUGGAAAGAAUUUCUCACGGUAUACUACCCUCCAUGCACAUCGUCGUAUUCACACUGGAGAGAGACCGUACACUUGCAGUCAGUGUGACAAGAGCUUUAAGUCAAAAGCAGAGCUCCGAAGACACCAGCGUGUUCACACAGGGGAGAAACCAUUUUCGUGCACUGACUGUGGAAAGAGUUUCUCACAGUCUUCUCACCUCCACAAACAUCGUCGCAUUCACACUGGAGAGAAGCCGUACGCUUGCAGUCAGUGUGACAAGAGCUUUAAGACAAAAAGAGAGCUCCAAAUCCACCAGUCUGUUCACACAGGGGAGAAACCAUUUUUAUGCACGCACUGUGGAAAGAAUUUCUCACGGUAUACUACCCUCCAUGCACAUCGUCGCAUUCACACUGGA